AUGAGCUUCCUGAAGAAAUCAAAAUAUGCAGUUGUUCGACAAGACGAGAACGACAACAUCUAUACAAUACCGACUCGCUCGUGCAUUUUAGCAGGCAGUUUCGCAUGCAGCACUGAGUCUCUCUUUUUAAUACUCCUCAAAACUCCCCGCUACAAUAUCAGCCAUCCAGGCAGUUCCUUCAGUUCUGGUUUCGAGACUGAGUUUCCUCCGGCGAAGUCGUCUAUUCAGGAGCAACCAACUAUGUUUUAUGGAGGUCCACGAUGGUACGACAACGGCACUGGAUACCGCAUCAAUAAUCCAAAUGAACCCAUCUAUGUCGGACCGCCGAGUCCAGAGAUCGAUAAAGUAUGGGAUCAGUUGCUAAAAGGGCGAUACUUCAUCGUCACAGAGGAAGAAGCAGAGGAAGCUUUUGGCAAGUCUCAUGGGCUCUACUAUCACGAGCAUCUCGGCUAUAUGGUUGGAUUGGAUGUCUUCUAUGCAUUACGUUGCGUCGAGCAAUUACGAAGAGCGCUUGAUCGUAAGCAUUAUUAUAACCGCGAGACAAACGAACGUUACCCAGAGAGAGGCCAUCGAGAUCAUUGCAUAGAUCAUAUUCAACAACAACUAAUGUGUCAUGCUGAUUUGACUCCAAUACCAUUAAUCUGGUAUCAAUGGUAUGGGAGGAGCUUUGUGCAGUCCGACGUGAUGCACACCUGUCGUAACUGGAAUGCUAUUCACGAAUUUGUUUCAACUCGUACCACCCGUGCUCACUUUGAGCAAGGUUAG